AUGUUGGACAUCCAUCGGUCAAUGGCGUCCCAGCCCCGGAGCCCCGCCGCUCCGGCCGACGACGGCGCCAACAACGGCGACUUUCUCCCCGCGGACGAGCUGCAGGAGGUGUUCUUGCGGCUGCCGUCAAAGUCUCUCGCCCGCCUCCGGACAAUCUGCCGGUCGUGGCGGUCCAUGCUCUCCGACCCGCUCUUCGUCGCCGCACACGCGACCCGCUCCCGCGCGGACUCCAUCUUCGUCGUCGCCGUCCACCACCCUGGUCACCAACUAGUCGACAUCAACCUCGUGGACGUGUCCACCGGCGCCGUGCUGAGGUGCAUGGACGGGCUAGCCCUAGCCAGGCGUCGAUUCUGCGUGGGCGGCGAGCUCCUCUGUUUCGUGGAGCCUACACCUGGUGGCGGCGCAGGCGCAGUCCAGGUCCUCGACCCGGCCACAGGCGCCACCACCGACGUCCUUCAACCCGGCGACGCCACAGACGGUGGCACCAUGACCGACGUCCUCCAACCCGGCGGCGCCACGGCGCCACAAAUUCACACCGGCUGCACCGCCUCAUUGUACUUGGUCGGGCACGUGCCCACCACGGGAGAGCACAAGGUGCUCCACAUCACCGACGUCCGCGGCAAGCAGGCGUGCGAGGUCUUCACCAUCGGAGCCGCCGCCGGCCGCAACAACAUCCGCCAAUGCCAGCGCUGGAGGCCAGCGCAGAGCCCUCCGAUGCGCGUCGACUCGAUCCCCCGACGCAGAGCCGUUGUCAACGGGGUCGCCUACUUCCUGCCCUCCAAUCACAACGGGCGCUGCCUGCCGGACUACGACAGCGUCGCCGCGUUCGACCUCGAGAAGGAGGAGUGGAGGCCCGCUCCCAUCCGGGGCCCGCUGAGCAGCGAGCGUCCGGGCCACUGCGACCAACUCCUGCGUUUCAGCCUGGCCGAGCUGAAUGGCCGCCUCAUCAUGGUCCAUCACAACUACCAAUGCAAAACCAUCGACAUGUACUCCCUCUCCCUGACGGACACGGGGGAGGGGGUAGAGUGGUCGAGGGGGCCAUCUCUACGUCUCGACUCUGUUCUCGACCGUAACCGUAAAGGGGAAACUCUGGCACAACUACUGAUGGAGCUGGACGACGGGAGGAUCGUGCUCUUUGUACCAGGGACUAGCGUCGUGCGGGUGUAUGAUCCAAGAAAGGAGACUAGGACGGACGUGAUGGAGAUGCCUCGGUGUGGUAUUGUUGGGUGCUACAAAGGUAGCCUCCUUCCGUUUCGUGUGGUAGGUGAAGCCGGGUGUGUUUGUGGAUGA